AUGGUGCAUGUGGUCUCGCCCCGCGGCGCGCCGGCGUCGCCGGCCGCGUCGACCAAGUCGUCGUCGUCCAUCAAUGGCAGCCAGGGCUCCAAGUCGCACUCGAGCUCCGAAGAGAGCCUCGUGGACGUGGCGCCCGUGAUCGACGAGGUGCGCGACGAUAUCAUCUGCGCGAUCUUCAACCUGCCCGCGUCCACAAUCUUCUACCCUGACUACUCGUGCGCGCUUGUCGCGACGCUCGCCUUCCAAGGUCGCAUGUACCCCGCGAACGACAGCGUAUGCUUUUACUCGAACUUUCUUGGCAAAGAGACCAAGCUCGUGAUCGCAUACGAGACGAUCACGGAGCUCGCCAAGACGACGACAAUGUUUUCCAACGCGUUUUGCCUCAAGACAGCGGCGAGAGAGUACACGUUCACGUCCUUUUGGGGUACCAACCGGGACCAGUGCUACGACCUGCUGACGUCGCUGCGCAACAAGGCGCUGGGCAUUACGAUGACAACGAUUACAGCACCGCCGUCCGUGGCUAGCCCUACGAGCGAAGUGGCACCAGUUGCGACGCCGCCGUCGCCAGCGGCGCCGGCCCCCACCGAUCCUGUGCCAGCACUCGACGCCCCGAUUCCAACCAUGUCGAGCGAUCCGGCGCCCAUGAACGACAUCAUGAAGUACACAUUUCCGAUACCUGUCGAGACAUUUGUUGAGAAUUUCUUCACGGACGAACCCAUCUUUGGCCUCGUCGAGUUCAACCGACGCAAGGGCGCGACGGAGCUCAAGUGCGAUCUCUGGAGCGAGCACCCAGACGACGCCAGCUUGGGUACACGAGUGAUCGAGUGCAUAACUCGAUUUGAUGCAACAACCGUAGGGCUCACGCGCACGGCCAGCUUUGUCUUGCCGGUCGAUGCGCCGAUUGGUCCAAAGAGCACUCGUGUCCACGUCACCCAAAUCCGUCGACCGCUCGACCACGGCGGCUACCUUUUUGACACGUCGACCAAGCUCGCGGACAUCCCGUACAGCGACUGCUUCCUCGUCGAAGACCGGUGGAUUUUGCGCAAGAUCUCAGAGACAUCGUGCGAGCUCUGCGUGCAGCUGCGGGUGGUGUUUCUCAAGAGCACCAUGUGGCGGGGCAUCAUCGAGUCCCGCGCCAAGUCCGAGUGCAAACUCAAGUUGCUCGAGUGGAUCGAGAUGGCCAACCAAGCCAUGUCCACGGACGGGCUCCCGCCGUACCCGCCAGGGUCCCGCCUCCCGUCGCCCCGCAAGCUGCCGUCGCCCAAACGCCCGGUGUCGCCCCGGCGAAAGGCAUCGACCAAACCCAAGCCGGCCGCGAUCGACGUCAAGCCAGCAACCACCGCCACGACAGUUGCCACCGCCGUCCGCCGCACCGUCGCGCUCAAGCGCAACAACAUCAUGCCCAUCUUGUUUCCAUGGCUCGUCGUCAUCUUCCUCGCCGUAUACGUCUACCGCGUCCACAGCACGCUCUCGACGAUGGAAGCCACGAUGGAGAGCCAACAGCGCGUCCUCGAGCAGCUCGUCCAGACACUCGGCCAGGUGCAGUCGUCGCUCGGCGCCAAGGCGAUGCCAAUCGAGAUCCCUGAUAGCGUAUACGGGCGACCUGGUACAGGGAUCCAUGCUUCCGGUAUCACACUUCAAUAACAUCGUGCUUCAUUGUCUCG